AUGGGCUCCAUCGAGGACAUGAACACCUAUGACUAUAUCAUCUGUGGAGGCGGGACUUCCGGAUGUGUCGUCGCUGGUCGUCUGGCAGAGAAUCCCGACGUCAAGGUGCUGGUCAUCGAGGCCGGACAGCACAACAAAGACCUCGAAAAUGUGCACAUGACUGGAGGAUGGUCCAACAACUUCGACUCCGAAACCGACUGGAACGUGGUCACCAAGCCGAUGAAAGGUGUCAAUGACCGCCAGGUCAAGCUCAGCCGCGGUCGGUUCCUGGGUGGGUGCAGUGGAUGCAAUGGCACGUUGUGUAUCCGCGGUUCGAAGCAGGACUAUAACGAUUGGGGUCUGGAGGGGUGGAGUGGCGAUGAGUUCUUCGGUGCGAUGAUGAAGGCAGAGACCUUCCACCCCAAAGACUGGUUCGAAGCGGACAUGAAGAGCCACGGAUUCAACGGCCCUCUCCAUACCGAGCCUCACGAUCUCGCCCCUAUCGCCAACCUGAUUAUGGACUCGUUCGUCUCGCAGGGUCUGCCGCUGCACCAUGACAUGUUCAGUACUGGUGACGUUCCUCAUGGCUGUGGACAUGUCCCACGUAGUGUCUACAAGGGUAUCCGUACGACUUCGGCCGACUUCAUCACGAAUGAAUACCAUCGGGCGAACGUCACAAUCCAGACGGACACCACAGUUGAUCGCGUCCUCCUGGAGGAGACCUCCAAUGGGCUGCGGGCGACGGGUGUUGUCACCCAGCUUCCCGAUGGAUCUUCCAAGACCUUUUAUGCGACAAAGGAGGUCGUUGUCUCGGGCGGCGCGUACUGCAGUCCGGCCAUUUUGAUGCGGUCUGGUAUCGGAUCCCGCGAGGAGCUGGCCCAAUUCAACAUCGACUGCAAGGUUGACCUGCCGGGCGUGGGUAAGAACCUGAUGGACCAUCUGAUUGUGUUCAUGUUCUACGAGACUGAAAAGGAAGGCCUGACAAACGACUGGCACGUCUACCACGACGACAACCUGGCCAAGACCUACAAGCAGUGGAAGGAGCAGAAAUCCGGCUUUUUGUCGACCUUUCCCUUCGGCUGUUUCGCAUUUGCGCGCAUGGACGAGCGGUUGAAGGACGAGCCCAUGUGGAGAGACGCCCCGAGACUGCCCGGACGGGACCCUAUGGGCCUCACCCCCGCCCAGCCCAACGUCGAGUUCUUCACGACCGAGUGCUAUGGCGGCCCCAAGCAGUACAACCAAUUCCCGAUUGACCACAAGCACGCCUUUUCGAUGAUCGCCGAGCUGUUUGCUCCCAAGUCCCGCGGAACGGUGACGCUGAAGUCCAAAGACCCGAAGGAAAUCCCGGUCGUCGAUUGCAACUAUCUUGCCGACCCGAUGGAUCUGCUGGUCCUGACUGAGGCCUGCCGCUUUGGAAACGAGAUUAUCAUGAAAGGUGCUGGCACCAAGGACAUCGUGAAGGGUUCAUGGCCGCCGAAUCUCACCCAUCACACCUACACGACUCGGGAGGAAUGGAUCCCGUAUGUCAAGGAGCAUGCGACGACGUGCUAUCAUGCGGCCGGAACGUGCGCCAUGGGCAAGGACGACAAUCCCAUGGCUGUGUUGGAUAACAAGCUGAGGGUCAAGGGCAUCCAGGGUCUCCGUGUGGCCGACUGCUCAGUCAUGCCCACCCUCCACGGAGGCCAUACGCAGAUGCCUGCCUACGGUAUUGGAGAGAGAUGUGCCGACUUUAUCAAGGAGACCUGGUAG